UUUUCAUUUCCUUUCAGAAAGGGUUUUUAUCUACUUCAUAAAUACAAUAAAUUCGUCGUACCCUUUUACCAAGUACUCUUGACAGACUUGCUUCCUUCAUAUUAAAUCAUUCCAUCCAUAUACGGUUUCCGUUACACAAAGACAAAAAGAAACUAAUUAUUCAUCAGUAUCUCACUUUUAUUAUUAGAAACUUUUCAAAGUCUUAGAUCACGAGCUUGGAAGUUAGGCUGUAAUUAUGCAUUCUGCAAACACAGUAUCCAAACCACCUUCGCUUCCUUCGAUGCUUGCUCCAGCUCAAGCUUUUCAAGAGAAAUCGAAUCUAUCUUCUAGUGUGCUAUCGUUUAGUCUGUUCCUUUCAUAUCUGAGCUCCGUCAUUGGAAUAUCGGGUUAUACAUUGUUGAAGUAUUAUGUGCGUCCUAGAUGGCUUGAAUUGCUUGCGCUAAGACAUGCUUAUGUGAAACGUAACUUGUCUAAGCUAGAACGCAUUUCUAGUAAAGCAAAAGAUAUUGAAAAGGAAACAGCAACCCUACAGGCAGACCAUGACUUAUGGAUUAGAGUAAAAGUAGUUAAAAGUCGGAUUUCUACACUAAAGACUAUCGCACAAAACAAAGCAGAACAAAUACCAGCAGAAGCAUCUUUGAACUUAAGUAUGCAAGGAUUCAAGGACAUUCUGAAUGCUGAAGUUAGCAAUUUUCUUCCCUUGUACAACCCCGACAGCUUGUCAUCCGAUCAUAUAUCACAAUUUCACAAUGUUCUUCAUAACUACAAAAAACUUCAUUUGUCUAUCUCAUGAGAUACUUAUUUUUUUUCAAAAAACAACUAUACAAUUAAUUAAACUCCAAUUAAGGAUCGAUAGUUUGGGGAAGCAUCUUGAUACUUAUUAAUAAAAUACUCCUCCUUAUGCAGUACAAGAUAUCUAGA